GUAGCUGUACUGUGUGUAUGCGUGCAUGUGGCCCGAAUAAAUAUUGAAGAAUCUUUGUACUUUAUCAUCAGCCGGCUUGGGCGACCAGUUUAUUCAUCCAAAAAAAUUGGUGGUGUUUCGUUUCAUUCAGAUAGUGCAUAUAUAACUGUCGAUAUUCUGAUGAGAAUGCACUACCAAUUAUCUAAAAUCAGGAAAGCGUUGAUUGUUGCUUUGCAAAGGAAUUCCAGGGUUACAUAAUUGGUCUGAGGAAUUUCCGCGAUCGAUUCCUUCUCCGGUAGAGGAUCCUUUCUAACAAAUGUGGUUUUCCCAUUGAAUGUUGCCAGUGAGCAAUGAAGACAGGAUGCUCAUGGAAGAGAGGUGCUGCAUUCGAGGGUGGAGUCUUUGUCUUUCUCGUUUUCUGCUGUGCGACCGUCAACUGCUUCUGUCCCUUCAGAUGUCUGUGUAACGAAGACACCUUGACUGUGUGGUGCGACGGAGCGACUUUAGAUGUAGUCCCCAUCACCCUCAAUCCUAACCUUCAGGAAUUGCACCUAAAUGGCAACAGAAUCAAGAGCAUCAAUCUCUCCUUCAGCGUCUACGAGAACCUCCGGUUCUUGGACAUGUCCCAGAAUCUUCUACAAACCCUGGGACAUAAUAACUUUAUUUGGCAAAAGGACCUGCGCGUCCUCCACCUGAACAGCAACAAGAUUGCUUCUCUCAAAGCCAAAGCAUUCGUUGGACUAUCUGCGUUGAAGAUUCUAAGACUGGAUGGAAAUGCCAUUUCUGAUAUCGACGACGAGACAUUCGAACCAUUGUACAGUUUAGAGACAUUAGAUCUAUCCAGGAAUAGCAUAUCCACCUUAUCGUCUUCUACCUUUUCAGGUCUCAUCAACUUAAAAGAGCUAAUACUUAGAGAUAAUAGAUUAACAAGAAUACCCACGGAGUCUUUCCAGAAUGUCAAGUCCCUCCGUAGUUUAGAUCUGGGCGUGAAUUACAUUUACGUUGUACCCAAGCAGUCUUUCCACUACCUGCGUCACCUCCAAGUACUUAGCUUAGAUGGUUGUGGUAUCCAUAUCAUUGAGAACGGUGCCUUCCUGGGACUGGAAAAUAUCGUGUCUUUGUUUCUGCAGGACAAUGAACUUCAGCACGUGCCUACAGAUGUCUUGUUGGACAUCCCCCAUCUUCAAGAACUUCAUGUAGGUAAAAACAAGAUUCAGAGAUUAGGUCCGAACGAUUUCAAGGGGCUUCGAUCCUUGAAGACCAUCUCUGUCAAUGGCGAAGAUUCUCUGGAGGUGAUCGAAAACGGUACGUUUUCUGACAACCAUCAGCUGGAACGACUCAUUAUCAGCCACAACAAAGUUCUCAGCUACGUGGAAGGCGGAACGUUUCGUGGGUUGGACAACCUGCGAAUUCUUAUCCUCCGAGGCAACCACUUCACUACAUUCACUGAAGAUAUGGUACCCUGGGGGAAACUAGAUGUUUUCGACUUGCGAGAAAACCCUCUCGUGUGCAACUGCACUAUCCUCUGGCUGUGGAAUUUACUGAAGCAGGAGAAUUUCACCUCCUAUGGGGAAGACGUCACUAGAGUCAGGUGUAAAGAUCCACCCCUCGUUAGCGACCAGCUGCUGAUUGACAUCGGUCCGGACGACCUGGAUUGCGAAAAUCGCGCCCUCAAACAGAUCUUGGCGAUCGCCAUUGCGGCAGUGGGAGUCGUGUUGGCUGCCGUCAUCAUGCUCGCAUUUUGGCACCGAUACAAAUACGCGGCCAAACAGAAAAGUAAACUGGGUCAGAGUAAGCGAACACUUUAUCAAUACGGACAGAACUCGGAGAAUUUUUCCCCUAUCCUGUCGCAGAUCGUUCAGCAGCCCUUUAAAAAUCCGGCCAUUGCCGAAUUAUGAUAAUAUUGCCGGGAAGAGAUAUAAAUUCGCUUGUCAUGUUUUCGGGAUUUCGAUCCAUCUCUUUUUCUUUCUGGUAGAUGGUUGUGUCCCGCUUUUUUUUUCUCCUUGGAUGAAGAAUACCGAGUGAAAAUAUAUCUUAUCAAUUAAAACUAAUGUUUCAUUUAUUGUGUUCAAACUUUAUCUUCCCUUGUGAUUCCAUUUCCAUUUAUCUUCAAUAAAAUAUUUGAAAAGGAAA